CACCGAGGGGGGUCACGCGGCCCUGCGCCGUCCGCCUGCUCUCGGGGAGCUGCGAGGGGCCGCGCAUUCCCCCCCUCCCGCCUGCGGCUUGGAGCAUCCCGAGGCUUUAAAGGGCGGGGCCGGGCAAGCUCAGCGGCAGUGAUUGGGAUUCUUCUACUGCUGGAGACGCUGGGCUGAGGGAGAGCCCCAAGGUCCCUGGGGGAGACGGGCACGUGGAAGCGCACCCCGAGCUCGGAGACGCAGAGGAGGAGGAGGAGGAGGAGGUUUCCCCUGGACUCAAAGCUGCCAAACCACAGCACCGAGCCAUGUCACAGGUCAUCCAAAACCACGUACUGCGCGUUGGCCAGACCGUGCACAUCCCCUCGCGGGAGGACAGCAAGCGCCUGCAUGCGGCGGGGUACGCGGGCUGCUCCGCGCUGCCAACAUCGUACUGCUACUACUCGACGGGUGCCUGGGCUGACCCCAAGGUUGUGGGGUGCCCCAAGGGACGCCUGUUGCCAGGCGGGGGGCUGUAUGGAGCCCACCCUGUGCUGGAGCACUCAGCUGGUGCUCAGGGGCAGCAGGAGGCCUCCCUGGAGCAAGCCGUGGUCCCUCGCCAGCCGCAGCAGCAGCAGGGUGAUGCCGGCACGGAGCCUGACACGCACCUCGGCUCUCCUACCUUGGACAUUUCAAUAGAGAGCCUCAACAAGCUGAUCCUAGAGAUCGAUCCAACCUUCCAGCCGCUCACGUGCAAGCCGGUGAAGGACACGGCCCAGCCUGCUUCCCAAGGGGAUGUCACGGCCACCAAGAAGCAUGACCCAGAGGUGACAGACAUUAAGUACAUCGAGAUGACACCAGCCAGAGCCAAGUGUACCGAGGUGCUGCAGGGCUCCUCCAGCCCCUUCUCCAGGUCCCCCCAGAGCAACGGCUUCCUGCCCCCGAAAGGGGCACCCAGAGGCAACUACACGAACGGCAGCGUCAUUUUCUCCAGCCCAGCAGGGCCCGAGAGCCCCCGGUUGGCCCCCCCAGGCUGGGCUGGCUUCCAGAGCUGCGGCAAAGCCUCUGAGAGCAUCGCCGUGCCCCUGCACUGCAUGGCCGGCCAGCAGGACAGCAUCUCCUAUGGCCCUGGCUCACUCGGCACCUCGCCGGGCUUUGACAACUUGCUGAAGCCCGUGCACGUGGUGAGGGCUCAGCAGAGGACCAGCGGGGUCUCGCAGCUCUCCAUGAGCCCCAGCUCGGACACCAGCUACGUCUUUGGGAGCAGCACCCACUCGCUCCACAACGAUGACUCCGAUGCCGCCUGCCCGUCCCCUGCUGGCUCCAUGGGCAGCCCCCAGCCGUCGUCCCCGAGCAUCAGGUCCCCCUCUGGAGAACCUUUCACCCUGGCUUCCCACCAGCCCAGGGCAGCCUGCUUCACCAAAACCAACGCCUGCCUGUCCCAGAAGGGGCAGGCCAGCAGCUGCCCCCCCUCCAUCCUCACCUCAGCAGCCGACAUCCCGGUGCUGCUGGUGAACGGGUGCAGGGAACAAGGAGAUGAGUCCCCCCGGCUGACCGCAGCCUCCCCGGCCUCUACCAAGCAGAUCUCCCCUCCCAGCCUCAGCCCAGCCUCGGGGCUCGGCGGUCUGAACAAUGCGCUGUCGGCACCAGCGCUCUCCUGCGUCACCGACAGUCCCCUCGGGGCUGGCCAGCCGACCAUGAAGUUUGUGAUGGACACGUCAAAGUACUGGUUCAAGCCGAGCAUAAGCAGGGACCGAGCAAUCCAGCUGCUGAAGGACAAGGAGCCGGGCACGUUCGUUGUGCGGGACAGCACGUCGUACCGGGGCUCCUUCGGGCUGGCCAUGAAGGUUCCCGGCUCUCCAUCCAGCAGCCAGACAGGCGAGGACAGCAGCGAGCUCGUCCGGCAUUUCCUCAUCGAGUCGUCAGCCAAAGGGGUGCACUUGAAAGGAGCCAGCGAGGAGCUGUAUUUCGGGAGCCUCUCUGCCUUCGUGUACCAGCACGCCAUCACCCCGCUGGCGCUGCCCUGCAAGCUCUGCAUCCCCACUCGAGAUCUCGCUGAUGAAGACAGCCCUGACUGCGCCCCAGAGCCCACGCUGUCCCUGCUGAAGAAAUCUGCUGAGUGCAACGUCCUGUACCUCAGCUCGGUGAGCAUGGAGACGCUGGCAGGGGCGCCGGCCGUCCAGAAGGCCAUCUCCUCCACCUUCGAGCUGGAGUCGCUGCCCACGCCAACCCUCGUCCACUUCAAAGUGACGGAGCAGGGCAUCACGCUGACGGACAUCCAGAGGAAGGUGUUUUUCAGGAGGCACUACCCCUUGGCCACCGUCAGGUUUUGCGGGAUGGAUCCUGAGAACAGAAAGUGGCAGAAGUACUGCAAGUCCUCCAGGAUCUUCGGGUUUGUGGCCAAAAACCAGACGGAUUCGGAGAACCUGUGCCACCUGUUUGCAGAGUACGACCCCGUGCAGCCGGCAUCGCUCGUCAUUGACCUGGUCAGCAGGCUGCUGCCAGGCCUGUAGGGGACGGAGAGUGGGGACACUGCGGGCUGGCAGUGCCCCCGCGCUGCUGCGCUGCUUCCUCGCCUUUUGCCGCCUGCAGGCUGCAUUUCACUGUUAUUUAUACAUUUGGUCACGUUGAGAUCUCGGGUAAAGACUUUGUCCUGCAUUGGGCUCGGGUGUUUUUCCCUGCCCCCCCCCACCCCCCCAGGCAUCCAAUGGGAGCAGUGCGCAGAGCUGUGCCCUCCGGGAGCGAGGGGUGAAGCAGGCAGCAGCGCUCGCCUUCCCAAAAUGAUGCCAUCAAAGGGGGACAGGGGACACCAGGACAGGACCAGGAGCAUCCCCAGAUGGAGCUGACCUCCCAGCGCAGCAGACUCAGUCUUCAUGUCCCCUCCCCAUGGCGAGGGGAGGUCUGCGGGGCCCCCCCAUGACAGUAGAGCAGCGUCAGGAAGCAGCUCUGCAAGUCGAAGUGCAUGAAAUCACCGGGCCCGGCCGAAAAGUCCUGCUUCCCUCAAAGACUCAGCAGCACUGACGGGCAGGAACGUCAGCCCAGCAGGGAUUUGCCUGCUGCUGGUAAAUUCUCUUUGCCCUUUUUUUGCAAAGCGAGAGCUUCCAGGCCACCUCAGCACCGCGGCGGGCUGAGAAGUAAAUGUUGACAUUUUCAUGACAGUAAAACAUCGGGGUUUUUGGAAGUGACCUGCCUGAAUUCGGGCCAGAUCCUCGGAUGACGUAAAUUGGCGCAGGGCUGUGGAAGUCGGUGCUGCUGUGAUUUACACCAGCUGAGGCUCCAGCUCCUGCCGCAGCGGUGGAGCAGGGUGGCUCCGAGCCCACCACGUAAUCGUCUCCCCCAGCACUUGCUUCCCCGGUACCUCUUCCCUGUGCUAAUUUCAGAGCGUGUACUAAGCGACCCCGCUCAGGGGUGGUGUCAAUAAACCAGAGGUUCGUUUAUC